AUGUCUUUAAGACCUGGUGAAAUCAGUUUAGGAACCACCCUUGUGGUGAUUGAAUAUGAGCAUGGCGUUAUUCUUGGAGCUGAUUCACGUACUACGAACGGAUCUUACGUUCAUAACCGUGUUACCGAUAAGUUGACUGAAAUUGAUGAAAAAAUAUUUUGUUGUCGUUCGGGAAGUGCAUCAGCCACUCAAGCAAUCGCUGAUAUUGUUCGCUAUUACUCGCAAAUGUUUAGUGCACAUAAUGGAGAAACGCCGUCAGUAUCAAUUGUUGCAUCAUUGUUCCAAGAACUUGUUUACACCAAUAAAGAUGCUUUACAAGCAGGAGUUAUUGUCGCUGGUUGGGAUAAAUAUCACGGUGGAUCAGUUUAUAGCAUUCCACUUGGUGGUGGCUCAUUUAAACAACGUUAUGCCUUGGCUGGAAGUGGAUCUGUUUAUCUAUUUGGUUAUUUUGAUAAAGGAUUUAAGGAUGGCAUGACGAAAGAAGAAGGAAUCGAGUUUGUGAAGACGGCUGUUUCUUUGGCCAUUGCACGUGAUGCCUCGUCUGGUGGAUGUGUUCGAAUGGCGGUUAUUAACGAGGCGGGUGUGGAACGAUUAUUUUACUCUGGAGAUAAAUUAGAAGGCAAGUUAUUUUUCGCUGAAACGGGAAGAUUUAUUCGUUUAUUUAGUUCAACACCUACAACUAACUCUGAACAAGAUUUUACUAGCGCAUUAGCAAAGAAUGCUAACAUUGAACAGACCAAAACAGAGCAAGAACAAAAUAAAGAAGAGUCCGUCAAUGCAGCAACCGAACCAAUCAAAGAUUGGAAACAAACCAUAUUAGAAGCAUCAGGAAAAAAAGAAGUAAAACUGCCACAAACACCAAGAGUACUGCCAAUAUCAUCAUACUUGGAGCAAACAACGUUACCAAAUGAAAAAAAAGAACAAAUGCAACCCUUUAUUAGGAAGACCGUCGUCGACAAACGGAAAACCCCAAUCUCUCAACUAGCGAAAGUAUGGGAACGACCAACAACCAAGCUAGAAACAACUCCAAACAUUGAAAUAGCUACCUCCCGAUUUGUAUUGAUAAGCAGACUUCCAUUGACCACUAUACCGGGUGAUAUCCGAAACUUGGCAUCAAAUGUAAAGGUUGAAUGGGCGCAAUCAAUUCAAGAAAUAUGUUUAUGGCGGAAUGAGUUCUAUAAAUUUAUCGGAAAAGUUGCCGUUUAUUUUAAUACACCACUUGCUGCCGAACGUUUUAUCAGAACUAAUCUCAAUAGUUAUUUGGCUGGGCAGAAAAUCAUGUGUGAAUACAUCGGUGCUGAUUUGUAUCACAAAUAUCGUAAUGAAGAAUUAGUUCGCCGGUCUGGCACGCACGUUCAGCUUUUGGGAUUACCCGCCAUAGUGAAUCAAUUCCAAGUGGAUCAAGCAUUGAAUGGAUAUGAUAUAAUUGAUCGAAAAAGAACUGGGAUAUGUUUACUGCGCAGUCCGGACAGGGAAGCCACUACUAAAUGGCUUAUAAAGCUGGAAAAUAAAAGGGAGGCGCAUCGUUUAGUUAGAGAUGCUGAUAAUAAUUUCUUGCCUGUUCCUUUAGGUUUUGAAUAUAAAAGAAAAAUGAAAAGUUCACAAGAAAUAAAAUUUAUUGAUCAAAAUAGUAGAAAACAUGCAAAGAGAAAACAUUUUCUCAUGGCUUUUUUGUGUCUAUGGUUAUUGGUUUUGCAUGUUUCCGGUCUUUAUCUUUUUACUCGUGGUUUCUUACUUACCCGUCUGGCAUUAAAUAAUCGAAGCAAUUGUACAACAACGCCGAUGACAGAUGCGGAAGAAACGACCACAUUUAAUGAAUGCUUGCAAUGGCCACGUUUUAGCAAAGUAGUGUUGAUUGUAAUUGACGCUUUGAGAUUUGAUUUUGCAAUACAACAUGAGUAUAAUAAUGAUGAUGAAACAUCUUCUGAACUAUAUCACAAUAAACUUACAAUAUUUGAUAAAUUGCUGAAAAAAGAGCCCGAAAAUGCCAUGUUAUUCCAAUACGUGGCAGAUGCACCCACAACUACUCUACAACGGUUAAAAGCACUGACAACAGGCACGCUUCCCACUUUUAUCGAUGCCGGAUCUAAUUUCGCCGGGUCCUCAAUAGAAGAAGACAAUUUAAUAUAUCAAUUAUGGCAAAAUGGCCAAAAUAUUGCAUUUAUGGGGGAUGAUACUUGGGUGUCGUUAUUUCCUGAGCAAUUAGACUCUAAUCUCACUUUUCCAUUCCCAUCCUUUAAUGUAAAAGAUCUUCACGGAGUAGACGACGGUAUUCUACAAUUACUGGGUCCCGCUCUUGAGAAAAAAGUGUCACCGUGGAAAAACGAGGACAAAGAAUGGGAUGUUCUUAUUGCUCAUUUUCUUGGUGUUGAUCAUUGUGGCCAUCGUUAUGGACCUAAUCAUCCUGUGAUGGCUGCAAAAUUGACACAGAUGAAUGAAAUGAUCAGGAAUGUGACUGAAUUGAUGGAUCAAAAUACGCUAUUGCUUAUUAUGGGCGAUCAUGGAAUGGACUCCAAAGGGGAUCACGGCGGUGAUAGUAAUAAUGAAGUGGAAUCUGUUUUAUUUAUGUAUAGUAAGAGACAACUUUUAGAUCCUCAUAUGACCAAAAACCUCGCGAACGUCUUUAAACAAUUGGAUAAUAAUUUUCCCGGACAUCGUUCUUCGUUUACCGGUAAAGUCGAUAGAUGGCGAUCUAUACCUCAAAUUGAUAUUGUCCCCACCUUAUCACUAUUACUGGGAUUACCAAUUCCAUACAACAAUCUCGGAUCAGUAAUCCCAGAAAUAUUUCUUCUGUCCAAAGAUAAAGAGACUGCAAAUAAUAAUAUAAAUGAUGCUUGGGAAACUUUAUUGAAUGCUGUUCGACUCAAUGCUCGUCAAGUCUACAGAUAUUUAAAAGAAUAUUCACGUUUACAGCCGACUGGCGAAUUAUCCAAAGAAUCUAUUCACAUUCUUGAUAAUUUAUAUCAAAAUGCAGAAAAUCAGUAUAAUUUACUGAGAGAUUCAUUUGAAAUAUCACCGGAUGAAUUAGAGAAUUCGUAUUUGAAUUACAUGAUUUUCAUGCGAGCGCUGCUCUCUACGUGUCGUCGUAUAUGGGCACAAUUUGAUUAUCCUUUAAUGAUAUCUGGAAUUUCAGUGCUAAUAUUGAGUUGUGUAUGUAUUUUCAUAUGUGUAUUGAGAAGCGAUUCAACAUUUGAAAAAGAAAAUACAAAAGUAGUUUCACGAGUUCUUACUGGAGGUGCGCUUGGAAUUAUAUUCUCAAGAUUAGAGAUAUUGCAUGUCUUACUUCAUUCACUUACAAAAGAUUCAAUAUUUGCAAGACUAGAUUUUGUGAUAUUUGGGGCCACAGUUGGAUCUAUCAUCGGAUUCUUUGUACAUCAUGUACGAGGUGAUUUGUUCUUUGAAUUCAGAAACAAAUUUUCUCUUGUUAUAUCUUUUGAUGAAUUUUUGGCAUUACUAUUUCAAACCUUACAUGUUCUCUCAUUUGCUUCGAAUAGCUACACAGUCCACGAAGAUAGUAUCGUCCUUUUUAUUUUACAGACUUUUGGAAUAUUGAUAUUUCUAUCAGGGUUCAGAAAGAAUAUUUACAAUCAUAAUUCAUUACGAAAAAGACAUUUGUUUCUUGGUUCAAGCUUUCUUUUUUUGACUAGGAUUGCAUCCUACUCUACUAUUUGUCGUGAAGAGCAAAUGCCAUAUUGCACACCUACUUUUUAUACUAGUGCCUCGACAUCAGUAUCUUCACAGACCGCUUUAAUAACUUUAGUUGCCAUCGGGCCCAUUAUACCUUAUCUCAUUCGAUUAUUAUUCAAUAACACCAAAAGUUAUUAUGGAUUUGCGCCAAUAUGGAAUGAUUGGUUUCUGAGAGCUGGGUUGUUACUCUCGGCUGCUUAUUGGCUUUUAGAUGAUAAUGAGGAUUUUCGUGAAUCUAUUACCAGCACUACUUCAUCUAGUUCCGUUAAUAUUAUGGGAAAGUGGGCUCAUGAUUUUAUUGCACGAAUGGCCUUUGGGAUUGCGUUAAUAGUGGGCAAUAUAGCGUGGUGGAAAACCCCAUUAUGUUUAGACUUAGAUGUAAAAAUGAUUGAUACUGGUAAUAAACGAUCUAAUAUCGAACAACAAAAACACGCCAGAAUCGUGGGCGAUUCGAAUAUGUUUGGCGCCAGUUAUUUUCUUUACCUGACCACAAUAUAUUUAACGGUCAUUAUUACACAAAAUCCGAUGGGUGGUAUUAUGAUUUCAUUGGCUCUUUUGCAAAUUAUGACCCUUGUGGAAAUUAUUGAUGCAAAACGUGAUGCAAAAAAACUAGAUAAUACCAUUACCACCACCACUGAUACAAAUAUUGGUAUCGAGAAUAUAUUAGAGAUCACAAUUCUAGGAUUACUUGCAACCCAUUAUUUCUUCUCAACUGGACAUCAAGCAACACUGUCCUCGAUACAAUGGUCUGCGGGAUUUAUAGGGAUUGCCGAACUCAAUUAUAUCAUUUCUCCAAUUCUAGUGAUUAUUAAUACAUUAGGAUCCCAUAUUUUGGUAUCUAUCGCUGUUCCACUGCUAGUUUUUUGGAAACUUUCGCCAAAUAUUUAUGAUAACGAAAAUAGACCAUUGGUGAUAUAUCCAACACUUUUACGAACAAUCUUACUAUAUACAAUGUAUCAGACAUUGAUCGCGGUAAGUACUAGUUUUUGGGCAGGAUGGUUUUCUAGACAUUUGAUGGUUUGGAAAGUUUUCGCCCCACGGUUUAUGUUAGCUGGUGUUGUAUUGGUUAUUACGGAUUUGUUUAUAUGUGUGGCCGUUUUCUUUACAAGUCGUAGAAUUUUAAUGGAAGUUGAAGAAUUAUUUAAAGUUGUGUUUUGA